AUGAGAAUUUGCAAGCAGAUUGACCCCGUGAUCGACAUCGUGAUCAUCGGUUUUGGCGUGCGGAGCCAACUGUUCGUUGAUAAGUUUCUUCGGAAAAAUGAGCUCAAGGGAGUAAACAUAAUAAUCAUCUGCAAAGACAACUUCGUGUUUUUAGAUGACUACGUACAAUGUGAAGAGACCUGCAGAGAGAGCUACACGGAUGUGUACAAUUUUUGCAAAAACAGAAACAUACUCUUUAUAAAUGAAAAGGUGCAUUACGUACAUACAGAAAGUCGGAGCAUCUUUUUUGCUUCAGACAGGAAUCCCUUGAAUUAUGAUUUCAUGUUGUGCGACUUUGACUUUAAGAGCUCCGAUUUGUUUAAUACCGACAUGUCUCACAUGAAUAUAUACCCUUUUCGAAAUAAGAAUUUGUUUUUUUAUCACGUUCAUGUGAUGUACUUAGCUCUGAUGCAGUCGACAAAGAAGGAGGAGAAAAGAACUGAUGUUCGUCUAUAUCGUCAGUGCAAAAGAGCGCUCCUUCAGGCGAUCCCUUUGAAGAGAUUCCUUAACUUCUAUUCGUACAAUGAUAGGUACGUGGACGAUAUUUUCAGUGUCUACGGGGAGGCGAAGCUUUCCCCUUCGAUUAGCGAUGGUGGUGCACAUAUGAGAAGUGAAGUGGCAGCAGGAUACCCAAUUAAUGGGAAGAGUAUUUUCGUCGAUGCCCCUCUAGAAGGCAACCGCGCAGACGAAGAUGCCACCCCCCGUAUCCUCCUAAUAAGUGAUAACAACCCGUUCGGGAAGUGCUUAUAUUCGGAGAUGGAUAAGCAGCUACGCAGAAUAAGUGCACAGGUUCAUUUACUGUACGUUCAUGUGGCUUCUUCGGAGAAGGAAAAGCUAGACUUCCCCUGCAGGGACUACCUACUGGUGAGGGAAAUAAGGGGAGUAAAAGAAGAGGGAGAAAUUAAAGAAAUAAAAUUUGUGGACAUUCAUGAUAAGGAAAUUAUAAUAAGAUAUGAUGAGUGCAUAAACAUCACAGGGAUGAGAUACCCGUCUUAUGUAUUAUCAUUUGGAGGAGACGCCACAAAGUGCUUGUCUGUGAAUACCUUUUGUCAGUGUACAACAGAUGACUAUCUUUAUCUGCUUAACCAAAUAAAGAAUUACGAUGAUUAUGCAGUGUGUGAGACCGUUUACCUGAACAUAUACAACAAGGUGCAUGGGAAUGAGUACAUCAGUAUAGAACAUGUUAAAGAUUACAUACUCACAGGGGAUGCAGAUGAUGAAUUGGGGGUUUCCUAUUUACUACCCCCGACCCCGAACCUCUUUAAUCAUACUGUAAAUUAUUCCUACCGAAUCGUAUCGUACAUAUUAAGAAGGAGCUACUCAUACAUAUCAAGGAACCGCUUUCUACAAAAUGGGGUAGUCUCCAUAAUGUACAGAAAAAGGGAAAUCGAAAAGUACAUAAAUGGAUGCAUAGCUAGUGGUGGUAGGGAAGUGUUUUCCUCUCCUUCCAUAAGAACAUUUUCUCUGCCAAUUCUCAAAAGAGCUUCUCACUAUGUUGAACUCCUAAGAGGAAGACUUCUUUCGGGAGAUAGAACAAACAUUCCCAUUUAUGGACAGAGAGAAUCUCACAAGGACGAUGAGCCAUCUGCUCUAAACCGCAGUGAUAGUGGUAGCACUGCGGCGAGUAGAAGUGGAAGCAAUAACAGAAAUGAGGAAGUAUCCAUCCGUAAGAAAUGUGCACCCAGUGGAAGCUCCCAAAGGGAAAGGAGAACAAAUUCCUCUCUUCCAGAAUACAUGUACCGUGCAUAUGAAGAGGAAUAUGAAAGGAGAUUACUUGUUAGUAAAGAAACGGCCUAUCGAGUGUAUCAGGAAGAGGGAGAAAACGGAACAACCAUAACGAUAAUUGUGCAGGAUGGCAGUGUUCACAAGGGAACCCCUUCUCACUCCGAUACAAAGAGAGAAAAGGUAAAUUCAUAUAUUAAAGAAAGUAUCGAGAAAAUAAUUAACCGAAAUACAUGUGGAGGAUGUGGAUCAAAGGUUCCUUCAAAUGUUCUAUCGAAUUCAUUGAAAGGCUUAUCUGUGUACAACUCACCAAAUGUGUUCCUAGGAAUUGAAGCAUGUGAUGACUGCUGCAUAUUUGUACAUAGUAAAUCUAAAAGGGGAGAAGAAAGCCCUGCACUUGUCCAAACAAUAGAUUUUUUCAAAUCAUUUAUCGAUGAUGAAUAUAUAUUAGGGGAAAUAAUUGCCAUUCAUUGUUUAUCUGAUGUGUACAGCAUGGGAGGAACAGGAAUCUGUGCCUUGUGCGUACUGAUUGUGAAGGAUAACAUUGAGAAGAAGCUACAACAGAGAUUACAGAAUAUUUUAACUGGGUGUUGCCAGAAGUUGAAAGAGGAGAAAUGUGUCUUGAGUGGGGGUCAUACCUGUGCGGGAAAUGAGAAUUAUGUCGGUUUGGCAGUCACGGGAAAGGUGAAAAAGAGGCGUAUUUCCAACGUGGACACUCCCAGGGAGGAUUGCAAAGAUAAACUGUAUAAGGAGAAACGCCGAAAGGGAGAGGUAAAUCCCCGGAAAUCUGGAACGGUCACAAGUGGUGUACGUAAUGAAGAACAGAUAGGUCUACCCGAGGAUGACCUACCCCUUGUUAGCAAAGAACAUAGGGAUGCAUUCGAAAGACACCAAAUGAUGAAGGAAAAUUACCUAUUCCUACCCAAGGGAAGCGGAAGUGUAAAGGCGGGUGACAUAAUAAUUACCACAAAAAUGUUCGGCUUCGGCUUCAUCAUGGCUGCACAUAUAUGUAAAAAGGCCAAAGCUAGAUGGAUUUACAUCUGCCUUGAUGAAAUGCUCCUCUCAAAUAGGAAGAGUGGGUUAUACCUUUUGCAAAAUAAUAAUGCUAAAGCUUGCACCGAUGUAACUGGGUUUGGAAUCCUAGGCCACCUGAACGAAAUGAUCAAAUGCUCUAGGAGGGAAAUUUAUUUUGCUUCACAUAUGAAAAAGAAAUCCCUGCACACAACAUCACAAAGGAAGAUACUUGAAGGGAGAAAUAAAAGAAUGGAUGAUGGAGAAAAUGACCAGGUGAAGGAACCUCCCAUGAAUCUCAUCGGAGCAAAGAUAAAUCUCAAGAGCUUUAUAGUCGCAGAAGGAGUUGAAGAGUGCAUCGAAAAUAAUAUUUUCUCUUCCAUGUACAAGAAAAAUCACUACUUGUGCAAUAAUAUUAUAAAUUUGGAGGAAGCUUCACUGAGUGAGCGCUAUGGACUUUUGUUUGACCCGCAGACCAGUGGGGGCCUCAUGGCCAUUGUGGAAAGGGAGAGGGCCCACCAAAUUUUAGCAGACUUAAAGAACAUGGGGUACUCCAACUGUUCCGCAGUAGGGGAAAUUAUAAAUGUGCAAGAUUAUAAGUUUAAGGGGGUACCCAUAAAUCAGGUUUCUUUGGACGAUUAUUUGGACACGACGAAUUCUGUGUAUAUAGAAUGUUGA